AUGAGUCUGCAUGCUCAAGAACGAGAAAAGUUAUCUUUGCUAAAAACUUUGCAAAAAAUUUUCUUUAAUUCCUAUGUCAAUGUCCUACUGUUGUUCGUUCCUAUAGGGUUUAUAGUACAUUUUGUUAGUCAGAAUGACACAUUAAUUUUUUUUAUGAACUUUCUAGCAAUCAUACCAUUAGCUAAAUUGCUAGGGUUUGCAACUGAAGAACUAGCAUGCACUGUCGGUGAGACUGUGGGAGGUCUGUUGAAUGCAACAUUUGGAAAUGCAGUAGAAUUAAUAAUAGCUAUAGUUGCUUUGGUGAAAGGUCAAAUUCGCGUUGUCCAAGCAUCAAUGCUUGGUUCUGUACUUUCUAAUAUCCUAUUAGUAUUAGGAACAUGUUUUCUCCUCGGUGGGAUUUCUGUUAUUUACUACGAUAGAGGACUUGAACAAAAUUUUAGUUCGACUGCUGCACAAGCUAGUUCUAGUUUAAUGACUUUAGCGUGCAUUACUCUAGUUUUGCCUGCUGCAUUCAGUCUUGCUGUCAACGGAACUUCCAACGGAACUGCUAACGUAUCUAAUACUGAGAAUAGUACUCUCAAGGUUGAUGAUAGGAUUUUGCAUAUAAGUUAUGGAACAUCAAUAGUAUUAUUGGCCGUAUAUAUACUUUAUUUAUUGUUCCAGUUAAAAACCCAUAAAAAACUUUUUGUUGUAACCGAAAACGACGCUGAACAAUUAAAAAGUAGUCGUGAUGUCAAACCUGACCUUGAAAAAAAAAGUGCAGACAACAAGCCUGAAAACUCAGAAAGCGAAACACAUGAAAACGUAGAAAACGCAGAUAACGUAGGUAACGCAGAUAACGCAGAUGACGGAAAUCAAAACGAUAAAGGCAAAGGAAGUGAAAUUAUGAUAGAAGAAAGUGAAGAAAUACACAUAAGCACGGCAGUGGCAUUAAUUUUGCUACUUGUAACGACAGUGAUUACCGCUUUUUCUGCAGAAUUUCUCGUAGGAUCGAUAGAAGGAAUUGUCAAAUCCCUUGGUAUAAGCGAAACCUUUAUUGGGUUGAUUUUACUACCUAUAGUUGGUAAUGCCGCUGAGCAUGUAACCUCUGUUACUGUUGCAAUGAAUGAUAAGAUGGAUCUAGCUAUUGGUGUUGCUGUUGGAAGUUCAACUGUAACAAAUCGCAUUAUUUAUUACUCCACUCCUGGUGAUUUUGGGAUGGAUCAUUCAUCAGCCGAUGUCUUUAUUCUUUUUACCAUUUGA